AUGAGAGUCCUGUCGACAACCACCUUAUCUCACAGCCCGCGAAUGGCUUAUCAAACAUUGCCCAAGAUCCUCCUCAGACCAGACGCGGGUAGUUCUGAUGAUAUCGCACACAUACGAGACGUAAUUCGAGAUGCGUUUGCCGCCAAGUCUCAUCUCGACCACAAGGAGGCCGACAUUGUGGACUCGCUUCGCAAGGCUGGAGCAUUGACCAUAUCACUGGCGGCCUAUCUCCAUCAAUCGGAGUCAGGAACGAUCGUUGGCCAUAUAGCAGCUUCUCCGGUCUUGAUCGACGGCGAAAGCCAUGGAUGGUUUGGCCUCGGACCGGUUUCCCUCCGACCUGCUCACCAAGGACAAGGUAUUGGCAGCGCUCUAGUGAAAGGUGCACUCGAAGCCCUACGAGAUGCGGGAGCUGCAGGCUGCGUGGUUGCGGGGAGUCCAAGAUAUUAUCAUCGAUUUGGUUUUCAGCACAACCCAGCUAUAACUUUCGAAGGUGCACCAGCUAAGUACUUUCAAAGUAUCACACUCAACGGGCCAACCGUGAGCGGGAAAGUCGCGUACCAUGAGGCCUUCAACAUCAGAUAA